AUGGCUGUCCUACGCUGCUUCAAAGAUCCUUGCGAUCAACCAUUUUUGGGUUUAAUAUUGAUGGGUCUAAUUUUGCGAACAGGAAACACGCUGAACAAUGAUGGGGACUCUUCCAUGAAACCCAACGAAAUGCUGUUUGAAAUCAAUUCGUUUGGUUUUAACACCCUAGUGGAAUGUUGUCUGCAUGCAUCGCAUGCACAACCGGCUUAUUUUGGAGAAUUUGCUCAUAUGGCAGCAAUAGGGUGGAGUCAACCGGAAGGCUCAACACUUUGGAACUGUGGUGGAUCGUUGAUAUGGGGAAACUAUAUUCUCACUGCCGCCCAUUGUGCCGCAGACAGAUAUGGUAUAGCCCCUGAUGUGGUACGGUUAGGGGACCUGAAUCUAUACGAUACAAGUGAUGAUGGCUACGUCCAGCAGCGCAAGAUCGUUGAGAUCAUAAGACAUCCUUAUCACGUGUUUAGUAUGAAAUAUCACGACAUAGCUCUGAUGCGUUUGGAUACAAGGCUCACCCCGCACUACCUGCAUACGCAUGGAUUGCGAGCUGGUUUGCAAGAUAAUCAAAUAUGUGCAGGUGACAUCAAAAUGGACACCUGUCCGGCCGUAUCCCGUUCUAACUCAUUUGAAGCGGUUGGCUGGGGAGAAACUAGCUUUAGAGGAAUGCGUUCGCCGUUCCUGGUUAAGGUCCGCCUAAGCCUGGUUGGAAAAUCGAAAUGCAGUAAACAUUACUUGUAUACGCGUGGAUUAGGUGCAGGUUUGCACGAGAAUCAAAUGUGCGCAGGUGAUGAAAUAAUGGAUACAUGUCCGGGCGAUUCAGGAGGUCCACUGCAAGUGAAGCACUACUUCAAUGAACUUAGUGCUCCAUUUUUGGUCGGAGUGACGUCGUUUGGAGCUGCCUGUGGCCUCUCGGCUCCAGGAGUCUACACUAAAGUGGCUCCUUAUAUACCAUGGAUAACUUCGACGCUGAAAUCAGGUGGAGAGUAUGUGCCAGCGCAUGGACGACCAGCUUAUUUCGGGGAAUUCGCUCAUAUGGCAGCAAUAGGGUGGAGUCAACCGGAAGGCUCAACACUUUGGAACUGUGGUGGAUCGUUGAUAUGGGGAAACUAUAUCCUCACUGCAGCCCAUUGUGCUGUAGACGGCAGUGGUAUAGCCCCUGAUGUGGUACGGUUAGGGGAUCUGAAUCUAUACGAUGCAAGUGAUGACAUCUACGCCCAGCAGCGCAAGAUCGUUGAGAUCAUAAGACAUCCUUAUCACGUGUUUAGUAUGAAAUAUCACGACAUAGCUCUGAUGCGUUUGGAUUUAAGGCUCGCAACUUCUCCGACACAUAUUCGCUAUGAGGGUAACAAAAUAAGUGCAGUUGCAGAAGUCUUUAAGCAUCCAAAAUAUGAGGAAAACUCUUUGUACAACAACAUAGGAAUACUGAAGCUGAAGGAUCCAGUCAAGUUCUCGAAAUCCUUUGUUCCGGCGUGUCUGUCGCUUGAAGACGAUUCUUCCAUAAAGAAAUUGACUAUUUCUGGCAGGGGAUCGCUGGAACUAAAUGAUUUUGAACCAAAUCCAACUGCAUUCUGGUCAAACAAAACGGUGGAUGUACUUGCUACCAGCUACAUACACAAUGUGACAAACUGCACAGAUUCAUUCAAAUCCCAUUUAGCGAAGGGGUUAACCGACGAGCAUCUUUGUCUCGGCUCGGAUCUCUUCCUGGUUCCUGGCUCUUGCAAUCAAAUCCUCGGUGGUCCGAUACAAACUAAAGCAUACCAUUUUGAUUACAAAAUAACCAACGUGUACGCACUAAACCUUUACGGCAAGGAUUGCGGAUAUGUCCCAGAGGAUGAUAUGGAAUGGUUGAUCGUACCCAACCAACGAACAUCUAUCGAUGACUGCCACGUUCGAUAUCACAGAUAUGGUUUACCGUUACCCUCUACGCCUCAAGUGGCCUUUGGUACAACGGCUUAUAUAACGGAGUUCGCUCACAUAGCGGCCAUAGGAUGGACUCGUGAGGAUGGUGCAAUCGUCUGGAAUUGUGGUGGUUCAUUGAUCUGGGAGAACUAUGUUCUUACUGCGGCCCAUUGUACGGCAGACGCCGACAAUAAUGUUCCAGAUGUGGCACGGCUUGGGGACAUCAACCUUUACAACACUGAAGAUGACAUGUUCGCUCAGCAGCGGAGGAUUGUUGAAAUUAUAAGGCAUCCGGAACAUAUGUUUUCUAGAAGAUAUCACGAUAUCGCUCUGAUGCGUUUGGAUAAGGGUGUCAUUUUACAUGAUACAGUUGCUCCCGCAUGUCUUUGGAAUGAGGACGUGAUCCGUUUCAAAUCUUUUGAAGCUGCUGGGUGGGGAGAUACAGGGUUUGCUGAGAAACGUUCACCGGUUCUGUUGAAGGUUUCUUUGAGUCCAGCUGAUCCUGUACGGUGUAGCAAUCAUUUCUUGCAUACGCGAGGACUGCGUGACGGUCUACACCCGAACCAGAUGUGUGCCGGUGAUGAGCAAAUGGAUACCUGUCCGGGUGAUUCUGGGGGUCCACUGCAAGUAAAGCUGCUACACAACACUCGUGUCACUCCGUUUGUGGUCGGAGUAACGUCAUUUGGGGCUGCCUGUGGUCAAUCGGUUCCAGGUGUCUACACUAGAGUGGCACCUUAUAUUCCCUGGAUACGCACGGUGCUUAACGAUCGUGGAGAGAAUGCGACAGAGCAAAUGUUCCAACCAUCAGCUUGUGCCUUACGGUACGUACGGUAUAGAGAGUACGAUCCGGCUGUUAUACUCGGUGGCACUAACGGGCAGCAAUCGUUGGAGUUCGCUAAUGCUCAACUGUUGAAAGCUGCCACGGAACAUCAAGUUUCAAUCCAUUGGAAUGAAACACUCUCCACGCAGGGAUCGACAUGUUAUGGUAUCAUUUUUGAUGAACGAUGGGUUGUUACACUAGCACGAUGCACUGAAAUCGAUGGGGUCCCACCCACGCAUAUCCGGUACGGAGGAAACAAAAUGAAUCAUGUUGCCGAAUAUUUCCAACAUCCAAGAUACGAGACCAAUUCACCGUACAACGAUCUAGGACUUCUUAAGUUGAAAGAUCGCGUGACGUUCGGCGGAUCUUUCGUUCCUGCUUGCUUGUGGUAUAAGGAGGAUACACCCGUAUCAAAGCUGAAAACGGCUGGCCGUGGUUUAAGGAAUCAAAUUGAACGAAAAAUUCCCUCAAUUGCCAUUGCAUCUAAUGAAACGAUCGAUGUUCAUGCAGUUGCAUACGAGCGACAUGGUCCAAGCUGUUCUUUAUCAGAUGAUUAUGCAUCCCAAUUCGAAAAAGGUUUAACUGACGAGCACCUCUGUUUUGGGUCUGAACAAUUCUUGCUUCCUGGCACCUGCAACCAAACCCUCGGCGGACCAAUCGCAAGCGAAGGGUACAUAUGGCAUCGUAUGCUUCCUGACGUAUACGCAUUGAACCUUUUCGGCAGAGACUGUGGGUAUGGGGAACCGGCAGUUGGUGUGAAAAUCGCUCAUCACAUGGAAUGGAUGCAGUCCGUUUUACUACCGAAGCAUGAUCUUCCGGACCAUGAUGAGCGAGUUAUAUUUCUGAAUGAAGCGCUUGAAGAAGGUGAUCGUUGUGUUGCAGGGCGUGGAAGUGAUGGUACAUGCGUUGAAGCUGCGUAUAGUCCUUAUGUAUCGUAUGAGUGGGAAGAAGGUUCGGUAGCACGAUUUUGUCAGACCGGAUCAUUGGUGUGCUGUCCAAAUGAACUCAUUCGUAACGACACAAAUGCUGAAUGGAGGGAAAUCGAUGGAUGUAUACAUCUGGUCAAACAGACGCAUUUCCAAGAUACAGCAUCGACUGCAAGGACACCUUCGGCAGGGUUCUAG